GUCAGCAGCCAGGCUUCUAAUAUGGCGGCCUAGCUCCAGCCUGGACCAGACACCGAGCCAUGUCCGCCGACGAGCUCUCAAUGUCCGACGGGGAGCCGUUCAGCAGGGAGCGCUGGGCUCCGGUCGGGGCCGUGGCGGAGGAAGCGGACGGGCCCGGCCUGAAGUCGGAGGGCGGGGAGAUGUCGGACAAGCUGCGGCGGCUGGAGGAGGAGCAGGACCUGCUGAACUCGUCCCUGCUCGCCCUCACCUCGCACUUCGCCCAGGUGCAGUUCCGUCUCAAGCAGAUCGUGCGGGCGGAGGGGACGGAGAAGGAGCGGCUGCUGGCGGAGCUGGAGGACUUCGCCUUCAAGGGCUGCCCGUACGUGCAGGGAGCCCGGGGGGCGCACGGGCAGCCGGGGCUGGACGAGUCGAGUGAGUGGGAGAAGAGGGAACGUAUUGAGGCGCAGAGGAAAAAGCAGCGAGAACUGAUCGUCCAGCUCAAGACCCAGCUGGAUGACCUGGAGACAUUUGCAUAUCAAGAGGGAAACUAUGACUCUCUACCCCAGUCCAUGGUCAUGGAGAGACAACGGGUGAUCAUCGAUGAGUUAAUAAAGAAACUAGACGUCAAUUUAAAUGAAGAUAUCGGCUGUUUGUCCCCGGAAGAAUUGCGCCAGAGAGUGGACGCUGCCAUCGCCCAGAUUGUCAAUCCAGCGCGAGUGAAGGAACAGCUAGUGGACCAGCUGAAGACCCAGAUCCGAGACCUCGAGAUGUUCAUACAAUUCAUUCAAGAUGAGAUUGGCAGCCCACCUGAGAAUCCAGUCGGCGGAGCGACAGGCUACACCCCAGGUUCUGGACCAAAUGCACGGACCGGUGUGAAUCCAGAGCAGGCGAAGCAGAUCCGGGAGACAGGACUACAUCUACUACGCCGGGCUCUGGCCGUCCUGCAGAUCUUCGCAGUCAGUCAGUUUGGCUGUGGUGCAGGUCCUGUUCCUCAAAACUUCUGGAAUCAGGAUGAAAGCAACAGAGACUUCACUCCACUGAUUAAGAAGUUAGAAACGUCUGUGGAGAAAGUGAAGCAGCUGGCACUGCGCCAGCAGCCUCAGGAUCACGUCAUCAGCUAUGCCACCAUGCAGGAGAUCGCACUAGGAGGAAAAGACGAGCUGACCGUGGCCGUCAGGAAAGAUCUGGCGAUUGCUGUCCGGGACCUCAUGUCACACGGUCUAUAUGCGACGUCUCAAGGCAUGAGUUUGGUUCUAGCACCCAUCGCCUGCCUGAUCCCAGUCUUCACUGCCUCGCCUCCAUCUAUGCACCCUUGGGAACUUUUUGUUAAGUACUACAAUGAGAAGAACGGAAAGGCAUUCGUCGACUCUCCUGCACGUAAGCUGUCACAAUCCUUCUCCCUACCUGUCUCAGGAAGUCACAAGGUCACCCCGAAGCAGAGCCUCCUCUCCGCUAUCCAUGCCGUCUUAACGGAACACGACCCGUUCAAGCGUAGCGCAGACUCUGAGUUCAAGGCGCUGAUCUGCAUGGCGUUGAAUGAGCAGCGGCUUGUGUCAUGGCUCAACCUCAUCUGUAAGUCAGGGGUGCUGAUCCAAUCUCAUUACCAACCUUGGAGUUACAUGGCAAGCAGCGGCUUUGAAAGUGCCCUAAACAUGCUCAGCCGUCUCAGCAACCUGAAGUUCCACCUGCCCGUAGACCUCGCUGUGCGCCAGCUCAAGAACAUAAAAGAUGCUUUUUGAUGCCGUCUAGUGAAUUGCGCUCCUGUUCAUACAUCUCUCUGUAAUCAUUCCAGGUGUCUGUGAGGAUCGGGCUUUGUUUUCAGCCUAUUCUCUUCUGUAUCUGCCAGUUAAAAGGGAGGUCCAUGUGGUCCUCAAGCUUUGAGGAGCCAUAACGUCAGGAUAUCAAGCACAAUUACUCUAGACAUGAUCCAGUGACCUGUUUUAGUAGGUUAUAAAGGUGGUAACUUAUUUUAUGAGGUUUAUAUGUAUUUUAAAUAUAGUGUGUGUGUGUGUGUGUGUGUGUGUGUGUGUGUGUAUAUAAUGUGUAACUACUGCAAAACCUGUUCCCAUCACUGGGGGUCUGCAAUUACAUGUGACACGACUGCCAUUAUAGACCUGAGGGUAUGCUUCAUAAGUGUAUAGAGGUCGUGAUUCUGUUACGCCGUGAUCUAUAGGAAGAUGGGCGCCAUAAAGUGAAGCUCUAUCUAAGAGAGGCACAAAGUAGGAUUUUCACUAUUGUAUUGAAGAAGAAGUAUCGAUUACAUUGAAGGAGCUUCUUAUUUUGUAGUGUGGGGGCCAUGGAGAAUAGCGCUAUUAACCCUAUACUGUGAAUGGACUUGUGCUGUGCUGAUGGGUACUACCAUUUAAAGAAUACAGGCUCUCUAAAACAGUACCUGUAUGCCACUGACCAUGCUAGCGACCCUGCUGAUCUGCUACCUAAACUGGGUGGCCUAUUGCCAGGGAGUGUAGAAGUAUGACUACUAUAACCCCCACUAGAUGAAGCAGACCAUCAUGAAGCCACUUUUGCCUCCAUAGUCAGUGGCUGAAACCAAGGUGCCCCUGUGCUUUCCUAGCACCACUGCCAAUGUGUUAGUGAUUUAAUGGGUUCACUGCAUCAGGACCUCCAAUAAUUGGACACAAUAUGGCGGUACACAUUAGAUAAGUAUUGUCCGGAAUACGUUUGAUCGGACGUCCGUCAGAUUGUUUGCAUGACUGUGGCGGACUAAACUAGCAAUCAGGAAAGUAAACGGCUCGAAGAAACCCACCCUGACAGGUGACAUUACAGAAGACUACAGUUUGCCGUCAGUCAUUGCAAACGUUUUGCUUGCAUAUAAUUUAGAAAUGGUCGAAAUAGUUAAUUUUGACUGACAUAUAUGUAUAUGGGAUGCCUAAGGCUAGGGCUCCACAGUCACAUGGGAAAGCCCGUCGGGCACAUGAGUCUUGCUGGAUUACCUCCACUGUGCAUACAAAGCUCUACCCAUGCUGGAUUUUCUUACAAAUGGCUGCAAGGUUUUUUUUUGUUUUGUUUUUUAUAGGGUAAAAGUUGCGGUUGGACCUAAAGGAGAGAUGAUAGGAGUAGAAGUAUUUAUUUCUAUUCGUCCUAGUGGCUUCAAAAAUCCAAGUUUUAAUGUACUCAAGAUUUCUGGAAUUGAACACCAAAGAUCUAUAUUUAUAUAUCCAAAGUUUUUUAGGACACCCUAGUGUGGUAUAGGGAUGGACUCACUGUAACGCUAGCUUGUACAGAACCAGGGAGGAAGGUUAAAGGAACUCUCUCACCACAAUCUUGGACUAUUAUCUGCAUUAAUACAGGAGUCUAGAUCACUAUAUCUUCCCGUUCCUCCACCGUCGGCCUGUAAAGCUAUGAUGAAGUAGAUUAGGAGGACUGCUGGAGUCCAGAUCACCAUUUCUUCCCGUUCCUCCACCAUCUGCGUGUAAAGCUAUGAUGAAGUAGAUUAGGAGGACUGCUGUGCACACAAACACGAGUCCUCUCCAUUAUGUUGGCAGGGCAGUCCGGUCCCUUUAUCUGUAUUACUGCAGGCAGUAGUCCAUGACCAUGGUGUUGGAUUCCCUUCAAUACUUCAGAUGCGCGUGACCAUGUCCGUUCUGUUUGUAUCUCCUGAAGCACAUUUGUAUGGUUGGUUGUCUGUGAUCCUGAGUGUUUUACAUGAAUUCAGCUGUACGUCUGUGAUGUAAAGCGGUCUGUAUCCGGUGCUUCUACCUGGUCAUUGUAAAAUAUAUAUAUAUAUUUUUAUAACUC